AAUAAUUAGUAGAUUCAUUACUUUUGGUUAAAAUUGUAGUUUUAGUCUAUCUAUCUCUCCUUAGGUUACCUCCAAUGAUGAAUUUGAAUUGUGCUCUAAAGUUUAAACUUGUUGAUGUUUUUUUUUCAUUAGAGAAUGAUGAAUUGGGUGUUAAAGUGGAGAACUAGUUCUUAAUCACACAGAAUGAAUUUUACUGCUACUUUUGUUGUUUUAGAAAGUGAGAAUUCCAAAUGAAUUUUUAAAAUGCUGGCAAAUUCAUAUUUCCUUGACAUUGUUAUGUUAGGCCGAGAAACGUUAAUCUUGUCAAGUCGAGCAAUUCUCUGGCAAGUAAUCUAGAUUACUAUGCAUGACAUUAAAAAAAUUAGACAGUGACUGAAAAGUGAAACCAAAAUUCUUUUGUUUCGUAAUUGAUAUUAAGUGGCCGAAUUACUUUUAGAGCGAAGAAGCAACAGAAUAAUGCAGAAGAAAGACAAACCCAACAAGGUGAAUUGAAGGGCAAGACGAGAAUGAUAAUGUUGUUAUGUAAAGGCAGAAAACAAGUGCAUGUGUUGUUUUGUUCCAUUGGCAUUUCCAACGAAACGAAAGGAAUCCAAACAAGGAAGCCAUGACAGGGACUUUUGUAAAGCGAGUCAUGAAAUCGUUGUGUGCAGCUCAUGGUAUGAGGUCUUCUUCCUCCUUGGCAAAGGUUAAAGUUGGAACUGAUAUACUCUCUAUUGCACCCAAUGUUUCUCUUCAAAGAGCUCGCACAUGGGACCAAGGUGUCGCUUCUAGUUUCUUAACCUCUCAUCUCGUGGACAUCUUCAAGGACAAGAAAGUCGUCAUAUUUGGAAUCCCGGGUGCAUUCACAGGAGUCUGUUCGGAAGAACACGUUCCAACUUACAUGGAAAAUGCUGACAUGUUUAAGGCUAAGGGGAUCGAUUUUGUUAUCUGUGUUGCAAUUAACGAUCCAUAUACUAUGAAUGAGUGGGCAGAGAAGCUUCAAGGCAAAGAUACUAUUGAGUUUUAUGGGGACUUCGAUGGGAGCUUUCACAGAAGUUUGAAAUUAGUCACAGAUCUCUCUAAUCUUUUGCUUGGAACUCGUUCUGAAAGAUGGUCAGCAUAUGUAGUAGAUGGAGUGAUUAAGGCUCUAAAUGUUGAAGAAGAUCCAUCUGUUGUUAAAGUUUCUGCUGCACAGACCAUUUUGGAACAGAUUUGAGGUUUCUGCUGGUUUGUAUGUACGCAUAAAGUUGAUCUUACAGUGAGGUUGGUUUAUAAUCAGUAAAAUUGAAAUUAAAUCUUUGAACAUGAUUGAGGUUUAUGAUAUUGGUUUAUUUAUUUUUAGUUUAAACUUCAAAAGAAAUAGAUGAAUUAUCUUCUUGCAGUGAUAAAUCUUCUGCUCUUUGUUUUCUUCUAAAAGAUCAUCAAAUUAAACUAAAAUUGGAUUUGCAAUUAUUAACCUAGAAAUGUAGGUAUCACGACAAUUAAAAAGAAGGAAAAUUGGACUACAAGUUAUGCUGAUAUUUGUUGGUGUGACUUGACUUUCAACUUGUUUGAAACAUCGUUAUUACACUGCAUCAAUUGUAAAACUCAAGUCAAUAGUUUUAUUUAAUUGAUGACAUAAGCAGCUACUUUAUUAGAAACGGGG